GGAGAUUUGGCGGCCGCCGCUCGAGAGCCGGCACCCCAGUCGCCCCGCGCCGCCCGCGCGCCCCCUCCGACUCUGGAUACGGACAUUCUCCUACCGGUGGAUCGUCAUAAUACUAUGGUCUGAUGAUGCUCGUCUAAUAUAUCCUGCCCCUCCUCGAGGGAGGGGGCUGCAUAAGUACAAAAGGUUUAUAUUUGAGCUCUAUCCGGCGCGAUGGACUCGUUCGACUCAUUGCUCACCUGCUGUGUUUGCCUGGACCGGUACCGUAACCCCAAGCUGCUGCCAUGUCAGCACACGUUCUGCAUGGAGCCGUGCAUGGAGGGCCUCAUCGACUACGUUAAACGACAGGUAAAGUGUCCAGAAUGUCGUGCCGAACACCGGAUCCCCUACAAGGGGAUCCAGGAGUUUCCCAGCAACGUGACCAUGCAGCGGUUCCUGGAGAUGUACCAGGCCAUCUCCGGAGAGCUGCCCGACCCCAACCAGGGCCAGGUCAUGGAACGAUGCGCGAUUUGCAACGAAAAAGAAUAUCUUCAGGCGUGCGCUCACUGCGACAAGAAGGUGUGUCCCGAUUGCAAGUCGGCUCACGUGGACGUGCUGAAGCGAGAGGUGGUGCGCAUCAACAACCAGGUCCGGCGCGGCAUCCACAAGCUGUACGACAUCCUGUCUGGCCUGGAGAAGAGCGCCGGCACCGUGCAACAGAACUGCACCGCCGUCCGCGAGGAGGUGGACAGCCUCGGCCAGAGGCUCAUCAAGGCCAUCCGAGACCGCACCGAGGUACUCAAGGCCGAGGUGGACGUCCACAUGGCCACGGAGGUCAGCAACCUCAACACGCUCAAGAGUAAUCUGCAACAGGAGAUAGCCAACAUCGAGAGCAACUCGGAGUUGGCCGAGCGGCACAUGGGCGACACCACCGAGUGGGAUGACGCCGAGCUCAUGGACGCCAAGGAUAUCUUCCUCAAGACGGUCGAGUUCAUCAGGAACUUCGAGCAGGAGGCUCCGUCAGCGAGUGACUAUCGAAAGCCGGUGCGCUUCAACGCCUCCCAGGAUCCGAACUCACUGAGUCGCACGCUGGAGCAGUUCGGAGAGCUCAACAUCACGCGCAAGGAGCUGCAGGAUGCUGCCGGCAUCAACGGCAGCAACGGCUUCCCGGCGCUGAUGCCGUCUUCCUCCUCUGCCGGGCCGGGUCUGAUGCGGAGCAAGUCGGACCACCGGCUGGUGGCGCAGCUCCGUCAGCAGGAGGAGCGCUACGGCGACGACUCGGGCCGCUCGUCCCCGGUCAGCCGGCGCAGGUUCGGCGACCGCGCCGGCCGACGGGACAGCAUGGCGGCCGACUACGACGACACGUCAUACGACUCGCCCUGCGAGAGGAGACACAAGUACCGCUCGCGCUUCACCAGGCGCAACCUGAACCUGGACGACGACCUGGACAGCUACCGUCCGGAGCCGUCGGCGGCGGCGCAGGAGGCCGCGGCUGCUGAGAAGAAGAAGGAGCGCGAGAAGGUGCUGGACACAGAGGACGCGUCCCGGGGCGCCCUCAGCGGUAUCGUGCGCAUUGCUGACGUGCCGCGAGUCAUCCAGAAAUUGGCGGAUAGCGAGCGGGGGCCACGCAAACGGGAAGAGCCCAAACCGGCGCCCGUCAAGGCGACACCGGCAGCACCUGCCGCUCCCGCUGGACCAGUCCCUUGGCGGCGACAGAAGAGCGAAGAUGACGAGAUCGCCAAGAUCAAGAAGCAAAACAAAGAGGCGGACGCUCGAUGCUCCCGAGGUGGAGCAGCGGCCGCCGCUGCUGCUGCCCCUGCUCCUGCAGAUGAGACGCCUUCGCCGCGCGCUGCCAGCGUGUCUCGCUCGUCAGUGGAGAGACGCACGGGCUCCCAGCCGUCCACACCCACCUCGACAAUGUCGCGGCCGCGCUUCACCCGCGAGGAGUCGGGCAGCGAGACGGAGGAUUCGGUACGGCGGCGACCCAGCCGGGUCAGCCGACCCUCGGCCGGCGCGCCCAUCUCGGAGAGCGCCAACGAGCCGCGCGCGCCGCCCUCCGCAGCGGCCGCCGCGCAGCGCAAGAUCAGCGAGCCCAUCCGCGGAGGGUCGCCGCGCGUGGCGGCGGUGGUGUCUCGCAGCUCGUCUGGCGGCUCGCUGAACCGCGAGGCGGAGGCAGCGGCGGCCGAGAGGCCGCGCGCCACGCUGCGCACCACCUGGGAGCGGCGCGGCUCGCGCUCAAACAGCUCAGAGUCCACCUCCUCGGCGAGCGAGUCGUCGGCGAGCGCGGCGCCGAAAUCCACCGGAGCCGCCUUCUCCACCAACGAGCUCAAGAGCCGGUUCAUGCGCGGGGGAGCGCCGCCAGCGCCCCCUGACCCGCCCCGAGGACGGGUCGGGGCUGGCGCGUCGGCAGCGCCCCCUACCCGCCCGCCGCCCGCCGGUGCUCCGUCCGAAUCAUCGUCAGCCACGCCCACCCGCCCGCGUUUCCAGAGCCGUUUUUUAGGCCGAGCUGGUACUCCCAAAGCAGAGCCCUCGACCAAAUCCGAGAGUAGUGAGAGCUCCUCCGAGUCCGACUCAGACUCCUCCGACUCUGACUCGAGCUCCGAGGACGACACGGCCGCUCACUCGUUCAGAGGUCGCGCCAGCAGCAACAUGGCCAAGACCAGCAUCGGACCUCUGCUUGCACGGAGUGCCCUUGCCAGGAAGGACAGCAGCUCGGCCGCUGAACCGCCGGCUACGUCCCCGUCGACGCGCACGGGCCGGACGGCCGGCUCGUACGGGGCGGCGCGGCGUGAGGCGUCGCUCGACUACAGCACCCCGACAACCUCCUCGGACCGGUACCAGAGCCGGUACAGCCGCGACACCACCGACGCCGCCACCGAGCCCAAACCGUACGAGUCGCGGUACGGCUCCAGCCGGUACAGCGGCGACUACACGCCGACCAACGGGCUGGCGCGCUCGCGAACCUCCUCCCACCUCGAGUCGCGCUCGUCCGCCUACGAUCCCGACUCCUACUCGAGUUACUCGUCCAAAUACUCGCGGCCCACUCGGCCGUCUUACGACGACUACACGCCACGCUACUCAUCCUACUCGUCGCGGUUUUUAAACCGCGAUGAGAGCUCUGCUGCGCACCACGCGCCGGAGACGGAGGCGCCGCGCCCCACGGGCGCCGCCGCCGCCGCCGGCCCGGCCGCCGCCGUCGCUGGCGGCAGCCGCACGGAAGGCACGUCCCGGUAUGCGCCCUCGACAGAGGCGCGCCGACCGGGCCGUGCCGGCAGCACGAGCUCUGACCGCUCCGACGGACAGGGGAGCGGCGGACGGGCCUCGCCCGAGCCGCCGCGCCCGUCGGAGCAGCGAGAGAACAGCGACAGUGGCGCCUCUGGCGGCGAGCGGGCCGAACCGGCGCCGGCCGCCGGCAGCAAGUCGGAGGCGCUCUCCACCUGGGCGCAGUACCUCAAGAACAAGUACGGGUACACGGGAAAGGACGGCGAGAGGGGCAAGCAGGGCGUGGCCCGCAGCAAGUCGACCCACCUGCUGCGCCUGUUGCCGGGCGCCGCCGCGCCGGCCGAGGAGGGCGCCACUGCGCCGGGCCAGGUGGCGCCACUGAGCGCCGACCCGCUCGGCUGCCCGGUCCGCAGCCAGUAUCUGCAGAAGGGACGGUUACGGUUCAAGAUCGGGUGUCGCGGCGGAGGUCCGGGCCAGCUGACCUGGCCGCGGGGCAUCGCCGUCGGGCCCGACAACGCCAUCGUCGUGGCCGACAGCAGCAACCACCGCGUGCAGGUGUUCGACCAGCAGGGCACCUUCGUCAAGGAGUUUGGCCAGUACGGCAACGGGGAGGCCGAGUUCGACUGUCUGGCCGGCGUGUCAGUCAACCGGAUCGGCCAGUUCAUCAUCUCAGACAGAUACAAUCACCGUAUUCAGAUAUUCGACCCGUCCGGCCGGUUCCUGCGCUCGUUCGGCCAGAACGGUACCAUGGAGGGCCGCUUCAACUACCCGUGGGGCGUCACCACGGACGCGCUUGGCUUCAUCUACGUCUGCGACAAGGAGAAUCACCGCGUCCAGGUGUUUCAGUCGGACGGCACGUUCGUGGGCGCCAUCGGCUCGGAGGGGCACACGCCCGGCCAGCUGGCGCACCCGCACUACAUCGCCGUGAGCGCUACCAACCGGGUGGUAGUCACCGACAGCAACAACCACCGCGUUCAGGUGUUCGACGUCAACGGAAAGUGUCUGCACACCUUCGGCGGCGAGGGCGGAGAGGAGGGAAAGUUCAAGUUCCCCAGGGGUGUAGCCGUGGACGACCAGGGCUACAUCAUCGUCGGCGACUCGGGAAACAACCGGAUCCAGAUCUUCAGUCCCGACGGCGGCUUCCUGAAGGCGUUCGGCGGCUGGGGCGGCAAGGACGGAGAGUUCAAAGGUCUGGAGGGUGUGGCCGUCACCUCUACUGGCAACGUGCUGGUGUGCGACCGCGAGAACCACCGGGUGCAGGUGUUCUGACGUCACUCGGUCCAGUGACGUCACUCGCCUGAGACCAGUGACGUCACCAUGACGAUGGCAGCCGCCGCCCCCCUCCAUAACGCGCUCCCGUCCGCUCGCCCGGCGCGCGAGCGGACUCUGACGACAUAGGAACCGGUACCCUGUAGCGUCCUCCACCGCCCGGCUGGCAGCAAUGCGCUCUUUCUCCGCGCGAGUAGGAUUUUACAUAUGAACUCAAGUCUAGUCGACAGAGAGCGAUUCAGUAUGAACUGUAACCGAUGAAUACAAUUUAAUAAACAAUGCCGAUGA